AUGAUCAGCGUUACUGUAGCUGCACAUGGGCGAAGUAGGCGUUGUGUUGGAGCACAUUUAAGAGCGUAUGGUAGCGGCAGAUUGUCUAUAGGUGAUUUGGACCGGGUCACAAUACAGAAAAAAGCCACGCAGAUUAAAGCACAUACCUUGAAUAAUAAUUAUUUUUUCAUGACUUAUUGGAAGAAACUAUGGGAGAAGAUCUGUAGCGUACUCGUUGCCAUUCUGCAGUUUUGCUUUCCGGCACUAUUCCGAUUUCUCUACUCGCCAUGUUCUCCGUCUUAUCAACAGAACAAAUUUCCUACCGAUCUCAAAUCGACAUGCAUACCGUACUCACCGAUCCAUCAGUUUCCAAAUGCUCUAUUAACGAGAAUUUUUGGUUUUCUCGACUGUAAAUCGUUACUCAGUUGCGAACUGACAUGUAAGCGAUGGAGAACGAUAAUCGAGAGGAACCUGGACACAUUACCGAAAUUGCCUACUGAUCAGAUCCGUAUCCUCUUCGACGAAGCUGAGGUCUUCAUUUAUCCACUCGAUGCCAGAAAAUGUCCAGUUCGUUAUGAUAUGCCUUCCCUUCAGGCUCUGGAACGACGCCUACGCCACUUGACGACACAGUCGCUUUUCAUAAGAGGUUUGAUUCCUGUCGAAUCAUCUCCAGUACUUCGAUCGCUGCUUUCACUAGCUCUCCGUCCUCAGCAGAUAUAUUUCAUCUGGAGCAAGUUCAGUCCAGCCAGUAUACCAAUGCUCGAAAGGUUCUUCCGUGCUAAUCGAGACACUGUUGUGGAUAUUGGCUUGGAGGAGUGCUCACCACCAAACCUCUUCACUGACAAGCUUCUGGACCCGCUACUGCCUGGACUGACAUGUGUUCGAUUAUGGAAUAAUGGCAAAUCAGGAAAUUAUGCCGUUUCCGACGCCACUAUCUAUAAGCUGGCCAAGUCCUCAAAUGUAAUGCUAGGUCAACAAUGUACCUUUUCGGCAUCGCCAUUGCUGAUGGAUAUCCAGUCGGAAACAGUGGACCUUGCCAGUUGUGGUCUGACGGAGGCUUCGCUCACAGCACUGAUUCUUGCGUGGACUAAACAUACAAACUCUGAUCUUUGCAUAUCUCUCAAUUACUGUCCUGUACUUAAUAAGAUGUCCCUUCUCGAAUCCCUUGCUUCGCAUGAUAUUUUCCUUUCCGAAGGUAAGCUACGUCGGAAAGGACAUUCAUUAACAUUGUUUUGCUAA